GGCCUCGAUGGAGUGAGGUGCCGUAUCAAUUUCACAUAUACCAGAUGCAGAGCAAAGAGAUGUGCAGGAAUGUUCCUGCCCACAAAGAUGAAUUGCUCCACGUUCAAGCCCAUGAAGAUGAUUGUUAUCAGAACACAAUCGUUUACAUAGCUGACAUGAGACAGGACAAAGCCGAGCGUCGCACACAUGCUGUACAUGAUCCACGUCACUGGAUAUUCCACAUGUACCUUUGCACGAAUAUCUGGUUCCAUCAGCUAACCUCACGUCAGACAAAACACAGGGUUCGCCACAAGCGUGAACAGGUGCAGCACAUAUGUGAUCUUCUUCAGUAUGAUCAAUGACC